UGUAUAUCUUAUGGGCAUUAAACUAUGGCAGGUGAGAGAUCCCUUGAUUUCACUGGUUACCGGUUCAAGCAUUGCUCUGUCGAUGAUCUUCAGGUCACAGAAAAGGAAAAUCUUACAAUGGAACAAUCUGACCCCAUGUCAGUGAUAAUUAAAGGUAAAGAUGUUAGUAAUAAGGAUUAUACAUGGCGGCUCAUCAUGGCAGCUCUUGUUGGGGCUUUUGGAUCUUCUUUUCUCUAUGGCUACAAUCUAUCUGUGGUGAAUGCUCCAGCAUCUUACAUCAGAGACCUUUAUAACCAGAGCUGGUCUUCACGAUAUAACUAUGAAAUAAGUAGCAAUACAAUAUCCAUUUUAUGGUCUCUUACUGUGUCAAUCUACGCCAUCGGUGGUCUUGUAGGGGCAUUAGUCGUGAGUCCAAUGGUAAACAAACUUGGCAGGAAAGGAACAUUGCUUGUGAACAAUGUAUUUGCUAUUGUAGCAGCAUUGCUGAUGGCCUUAGCCAAAGUAGCGGGAGUCCCCGAAAUGAUCAUACUGGGCCGAUUUAUUAUGGGCAUUGAUGGAGGUAUAGCCCUCAGCACGCUACCUAUGUAUCUAAAUGAGAUUUCACCAAAGCGAAUCCGAGGAUCGUUGGGGCAGAUUACUGCAAUAAUGAUCUGCGUGGGAGUUUUCACUGGACAAGUAUUAGGCUUGCCAGAAAUAUUUCAAAGGGAGUCUCGUUGGUCUUGCUUAUUUGGAGUUAUCUUAAUUCCUUCCGUGUUACAACUCAUAGUUUUACCUUUCUUCCCAGAGAGCCCGCGGUAUAUUUUACUUCAAAAGCAAGACACUCGGAAAGCUGAAAAAGCUUUAAAGUUAUUUCUUGGGAAAGAAGAUGUCACUCAAAAUAUUGAGGAGGUUUUGGCAGAGACAAAAUUACAGAGCAAUGUUCGCUUGGUAUCUGUAAUUGAACUAUUCAAGACUCGAUCAGUGAGAUGGCAGAUUAUAACAAUUAUUGUCACCAUGGCCUCUUACCAAUUGUGUGGCCUUAAUGCUAUAUGGUUCUACACGAACAGUAUAUUUACUGAAGCUGGAAUUCCUCUUGAUACCAUUCCAUAUAUCACCUUAUCCACAGGAGGAAUUGAGAUUCUGGCUUCUGUUCUGUCUGGGGUAACCAUUGAAAAGCUUGGACGUCGGAUGCUGUUAAUUGGAGGAUUUGGCUUGAUGACAUUGUUCUUUGCAGUAUUGACAAUAUCUCUGACAUUUCAGCACCAUGCAUCAUGGGUACCCUAUAUCAGCAUCGUCGGCAUUCUCGGAGUCAUAGCAUCAUUUUGCAUCGGACCAGGUGGGAUCCCAUUUGUCUUGGUUGGUGAGUUUUUCCAACAAUCUCAACGUCCAUCAGCAUUUAUGAUAGCAGGGACUGUUAAUUGGAUUAGUAACUUUGCUGUUGGCCUUCUCUUUCCAAUAAUACAGGAACGUUUGAAUACCUACUGUUUCCUUGUUUUCGCUGGGAUUUGCCUCCUGGGAGCAGUCUACCUCUAUUUUGUUUUGCCAGAAACAAAAAAUAAGACAUUCGUGGAAAUCGACCAGUCAUUUGCUAAACUCAAUAAAGUUUCUUCAUCAAUUAAAGAGCCUGAAAUCGGCACAACUGAGAAUAAUCACAACACAUCUGUAAUAACAAACAGCAUUCUAAAUAAAACAGAAAGUAAAAAUGAGAGCAAUACAACUACUGUAUAGAACUGUAGGAAACGUUUUCUAUAUCAUAUAUAUUUUCACAUGCCUGGCUGUUUUUUUGACUGGCAAUUGUUAGUUUGAAACAUAUCACCUCAUGAUUGUGACAUCACAAUACAAGGAAAUAACAAAGGGGAUUGUUGUGUACACGUGUUCUGAAAAGUGGUGCGAAGAUGUAAAAGGGGAGAUGUAACCAAUGGAAUGUGCCUUCUGGUUCCACUCAUUUCUAUAAUAAUUGCCCCAUUUUUAGGAAUACAAUGCUUUUUUAUACAUAACCCACCCCCUGUGUUUUUGAUGUACUAAAUAGCAGCCUUGACAUAUUUAUCAGCAGUAUACCAUGGUUUACAUUCACAUAUGUUGUUAUUAUUAUGUAUAUUGCAGGUUGUGAUGGACGGAAUAAUCAAUGGUUCUGCUGUUGAAUAUAUUUUUUAUAUUGUCUAAAUUAUCAGGAGUUGCUUCUUGUGUUGUAAUAUUUUUGUUCUUUUCUUAGUUUGUAUCUUUGUCAAAGUAUCAGAUAAGCCAAAUGUAAAUCUUGGCGUUUUGUGGAGUCUUGUGACUAGAAGGGACACUCUCAAAGGCAUGUGAAAUAUAAAUCGAGCCAUAUACCUGAAAAUGUAUUGCAUUUGACUUUGUUAGGUUCAAAAAUAUCAACAGGGUCGGGAAACCCUCACGCUGCCACAGACUUAUGCACUAACACAUUUCUGCUUUCCUUGUCUCUGUGAAAUCAGCUGCUGGGA